AUGAUAGUUGCAGAGUACUCUUGGGUGAAUGCGCUAGCCAAGAAAAAGCGGAAGCUUCGUGAAGUCUACAGUGAUCAUACUAGCUGGUCAAUGAAGCGCGUCAAAUCAAUGCAUACGGCGAAAACAUUGUCGAAACAUCUUCGUGUCGGAUAUGGAAAAAGAAGAAUACUCCUAGUUCAGUUACGGUCACCGCACUUUCCUGGUCGUUACACUAUUCCUGAGGAUUCUUAA